AGAUCAUCACACUUUUAAUUAGACCGGAUCUGUCAAUUAACGGGAAGUCAGCCGGCCCCUCUCGACCUUUUAAAAGCAGCCGACUCCAACCCUCAGCAGGAUUCUGACAGAGGCUCAGACAAAGAUUUACAGAAGGAUGUCUUCCCCCGUGCUUUGUGCUGCUAUUUUGCUGGCUUGUGCCUUGACAUUGAGUGCCGCUCAGUCAAGCUGCAAAGGACGAUGUGGUGAUGCGUACUACAGGGGUUCCUCCUGCCAGUGUGAUUAUAACUGCCUGUCUUAUGACGAGUGCUGCAAAGACUAUGAAUCUCAAUGCACCACAAGCAACUCGUGUAAAGGGCGGUGCGGAGAAAACUUCAAGAGAGGUCGGCUGUGUAGCUGCGACUCCGAGUGCGUGAAGUUCAAGCAGUGUUGUUCAGAUUUCAAGGACCACUGUGAUGCACACGAAGGAGCAGCCAGUGCUACAGCACCAGUGAAGACUAGUUCAUGCCAUAAUGUAAAUGAUAACAAACCCAAAGUGCCAACUCAGGAUCAAGUAACGGAGCAGGCGUCAUCCAGCGAGGGAAACAAUGCAGCUGAUGACUUAAUUCCACUGGUCAGUCCAACAUCAUAUCCACAAGAUGAUCUCGGUGAUGAUAAGGACAACCAGAUUUUUCCCAAUGAUGAAUUUUCCAACAAUGGAGCGGACCCAGAGGCAACUCCUAUCCCAGAGAGCACCAGUGGCUAUGGAUCAUCUACAGCUGACCUGCUGGAUCAGAUUUCUCCUGAACCCACCCAGGAUCCAGACACGCUGGACUUCGGUAAGGAGACAUUCACAGUCUUCUCUCAGACAGAUAUGACUGCUCAGAUAAUGAGAAAACACAGGCCAAUGUUCGCCCCUCCAAUGAGGGUGACAGAUGCCAGUGAUCCGCCCAGCUCAUCCGACUCAGGAACAGCUGUCCCUCAGCCCACAACAGCAGCUGGCCCUAUCGAGACGGUAGGGCAAGCAGAGGCACAGCCUGGGGAUGACAUCUUUCCUGAUGCACAGAGCACAGAUCUGAUUGUGGCCUCCACUGAUAAACCAGAGGUUACAACCACAGCCUCCUUCCCACCUUCAGCAUCCACAGGACCAACAACGGGCUCCUCCACAGUCCUGGAAAACUCUCCAGGCACCAGCACCCCUGCCUCAUCAAAGCCGGACCAAACACUCUUCCCAGAUGCCACCACUGCAAACACCCAACCAGAUGAUAUCGAGAAAAACGGAGAAGAUGUCACAACCGGCCCUUCGCCCGCAGACCUUGAAGAUCCUUCCAUCAGUGUUUCUCCUGCAGGGAACUUGUCAGAGCUUGACGCCCUGACGACCCCCACCCCUACGUCCACGGAUGCAGCGCAGGAUGACGUUACACCAGGAGUAACCACUGCUGAUCCACAGAAGGUCAACCCAGACCCAACCACACCCACAUUAUCCGAAACCACGUCAAAACCCCAGGACAAACCUGAGCAAUACAAGCCACCGCCAACUAAACCAGCUCUGGCUAAACCCAGCUCCAAACCCGAGACCAAGCCCCUGGACACUGCACAGACUCUCAGCGUAGACAAUCCUAGAGACUACCAAGCAGAUGACAGCAACGACACAAAUCUGUGCAGCGGGCGGCCGGUCGGCGCCGUCACUACGCUGAGGAACGGCACAAUUGUAGUUUUCAGAGGGCACUACUUCUGGUUUCUGGACAGAAACAGGGUUCCUGGCCCGGCACAUGGCAUCACACAAGUGUGGGGUGUCCCUUCCCCCAUCGACACAGUGUUCACCCGCUGCAACUGCCAGGGCAAAACAUACAUUUUAAAGGGAGACCAGUACUGGAGAUUUGAAAAUGAUGUUUUGGACCCAGGCUAUCCAAAGGUCGUUGAAACAGGCUUUGAUGGGCUUCGGGGCCACAUCACAGCUGCUCUGUCUGUGCCUCAGUACCAGAGGAGGAGAGAGGCAGUCUACUUUUUCAAGAGAGGGGGACUGGUCCAGAAAUAUUCAUACCAGUUUGGCACCAGUCCAACAUGUGGCAAGAAAGCCCAGUAUGCCCUUUACACAACCCGAAUGGUUCGACAAGCAGUGUCUCCUCUGGGGCCAGCCGUCAACAUCCGGACGUCUUGGAGAGGUUUCCCCUCCACCAUCACAGCUGCUGUGUCCGUCCCAAGCAACAGAGAACCAGAGGGAUACAAGUACUACGUCUUCUCAAGAUCAAAAUCCUACAAUGUGAGGAUGGACAGUGGACGUCCUGUCGUUGCUCCUCCGACAGCCAACACGUCACCUCAGAGCAACAACUUCUUCAAAUGCCCAAAGAAAGUCUGAUUAAAGAAAGCUGUGUUUUAUAGUUGAAAAGUUUAUUACAUUCUUCAAAAACACGUUGGUUCAGCAUGGACUGAUUGCAAAGCAUACUUUACAAUUACAUUAAAAAACAAAAGCAAACCAAAAAAAACAUCAGGCUUAAGAGCAAGUGAACAUCAUCGAGGCUUAAAACAGAAUCUGAACAUCUGAUUUGAAAAUACGGUUCUGACAGGAAUGACAAGUUCACUGGUCAAGGUUGUCAAGUUUUCUCAUUAUUGCUUCAUCUCGCGAAUCGUCUCCCAUGUACACCCCGAGAAGGAAAUCCCUGACCUGUUGAGAUAUCAAAUAGAUUUUUUUUUUUAAAACGAAGCCUGCUAUACUGAUGUAAAAACUGUGUACAGUGGCUGUAUAAAGUGUGCAUGAAAUGUAUGAUGAUAAGAAUGAUAGUUCUGUUAUUCUUACCAACAUUCAACUGAAUUAUAAUACAGAGACAUGUAUUAAAUGCAAAAUGAAAUUAAAGCUUUGCUAGGAUUGUGUACACAUCAUGACUGUUAAGCAGCAUCAGCCAUACUGUACAAA